AUGUCCAGCGUCCAGGGGCCGGUGCGCCAGCAGCUUCCGGCCCAGCCUGCGGCCUGGGCUCUGGCGCCCCCGUGCAGCCGCGCCGACCUCUCCCAGCUGCAGACGGGCCUGGAGGCCAGCAGGCUGCUCUUCGAGGACACGGCGGCCCCGCGCACGCACGGCGCCAGGAGAACGAAGAAAAAGAAGGCGAAGCCCCCGGAGAAGAGGUGCUCCCGGGGCCACCUUGCUGCGCAGCCCCACUACCGGCUCUGCCUGGGGGACAUGCCCUUCGUCGCCGGGAAGUCCACCAGCCCCAGCCACGCCGUGGUGGCCAACGUCCAGCACGUCCUGCACCUGAUGAAGCAGCACAGCAGAGCCUUGUGCAACGACCGCGUGGUCAGCAGCGUCCCUCUGGCCAGGCACGCGUCCUCGCGGGGCGGUCGGGCCAGGAAGCCGGCGACGCCGCCUCCCCCGGGCAGCGUCAGCGAGGAGCUGUCCGAGGUCCUACAGACGCUGCAGGACGAGUUCGGACAGAUGAGCUUUGACCACCAGCAGCUCGCGAAGCUCAUCCAGGAGUCCCCGACGGCGGAGCUCAGAGACAACCUGGAGAGCGAGCUGGAGGCGCUCGUGGGCAGGAUGGAGGCGAAGGCCGGCCAGAUCACCAAGGUCCGCAAGUACCAGGCCCAGGUACCUCGGGCUCCUUCACUCGUUCUCACGGCGGCGCCCGGCGGGCGGGUCCGCGGCCGGCAGGACGCUCCCCCCGGGCGUUUCCCACGCCCCGGCACCGGCCGGCGCCCCACGGGCCGUUUGUUUCCCGGAGCAAAGCGUCACCUUGCGCGGUGCGUUCGCCGUCUGGGUUCGCCGCCCUCCCCGAGCACCCGGAAGCCCUCGGGGAGCGGCCGGGCACUGAGG